AUGCACAGCACAACAGGGACCCUGAUCCUCGCCACCUUGGCCUGCGGUGCUUUCGCUGCGGUCAGUUGUCCGGUAAGCAACGGGCUGACGAUCGUCUCCAAUGGCAAGUCUUUCGUCAUCGAAUGCAACACCGACCAUGCCGACGGUGACCUGACCUCCAUGACAGUGGAAGUUAACAAUCUCCAGCAAUGUAUCGAUAACUGCGCCCUGAAUUCGGCUUGCGUCGAUGUUAGCCUCUCUGGCACGUCAUGUUAUCUCAAGUCCAGUCUGGGGGCGGCGGUCAGUAACGGCGUUUGGGGAGCCCGCCUACUACCAUCGACCACUACAACGACGACUACCUCGACAUCUUCUGCUUCUGCCUCUGCCUCCGGACAGCCCUGCUUGGCGCUGCCGAGCGCUUAUACCGACGUCAAUGGUGGCACCUAUAAAGUGUCUUGCUCCUACGACUACUACGGCAAUGACUUGAAAGCCGUCUCUGCCAAUCGCUUCAGUAAUUGCUUUGCUGCCUGUUUUCAAACUACAGGCUGCGUCGCCUUUUCAUAUGUCGGCGGCAGUGGUGCCGGUACCUGCUACCUCAAGAGUUCCAUUGGCAACGGAGGUGGAUCGAACAGCGGAGUUGAUGCUGCGGUGCUGGCUACGCUGGCGUCUUCUUCGUCGUCCUCUUCUGUGAGCAGAACUUCCAGCACGACUUCGACGUCGAUAACGAUCAGCACGUCGUCAAGCAUCACAUCGUCAAGCACAACUUCAUCCAGCACAACAGCGUCAAGCGCGUCUCCCUCGAGUACCGUGUACGUGCGCAACGCUGGCAAGCGAGGUCUCGUCUACACCAACGGUACCUUGACCCUACCCUACUCCCAGGCCGGCCAGAAUUCUCAAGUGAGCUGGGCAUACAACUACUACUACCUUCCCGCAACCAACGGCCCAAACGGCACCGCAUCGGGUCCGGGGGGCAUGUCAGCCAACAAAGACUUCAACCCAGCGCUUACAUUCAUCCCCAUGUUGUUCCGCGGCGACGACACUUAUACCGGUUCUCUCUGGCUGAACGGAGGCGCGCAGGCAGCAAUCAACAACGGUGCAGACUCACUCAUGUCGUUCAACGAGCCGGACCUCUGCGACGCUGGCUCCGCCUGUAUGACCAUCCCGCAGUCCGUCGCCGGCUUCCAGAAGUACUUCCAACCCUUCGCCGGCAAAGCCAAGCUCGGCGCUCCUGCCGUGUCGAGCAGUAUAAAAGCCGCGCAGGGCUUGCAAUACCUCGACUGGUUCAUCGGUAAUUGCACAGGCUGCCAGAUCGACUUCAUCAACCUGCACUGGUACAGCAGCGUCUAUAACUUCAACUACUUCCAGUCGUACAUGCAGACGGCGUAUGCCAUGUUCGGCAAGCCCAUCUGGGUCACCGAGUACGGCAGCGACGGAAGCUAUGACCCCGAAGCCCAGAUCGAAUUCUUCAUGCAGGAGACGGAGCAGUGGAUGGACGCCGUGCCCUACAUCCAGCGCUACGCCUAUUUCAUCGACGCACCGGGCUCCCUGAUCAACCCGGAUGGAAAUGGGUUGAGCGCACAGGGUGCCAUUUUCAACAACUUCACGGAGCCGUGCGCGGACUGGAACCAGAAAAAUGGUGCGUACAACACCAGUGGGUGCAAUACUUGA